AUGGCGGCAGAGAGAAAAGAGUCCGGACGAAUUCGUGAAGCUGACAAGAAACGGAUUCUCGAUGAAGCUGCCCGUAAAAGACGAGCCAGGAAAGCACUGGAGGCCCUGGAGUCUGAUAACUUUCAGGCUGACCCCCAUGCUGACCUCAAAAUGAGUAAAAAGGCUCCCAAAUUUGAAGAAUCAAUGGAAAAUUCCAACUCUGGAAGUGCCCGCAAGAAAAAGAAGAAUAAAGUUGAUCAGCUAAAACGAUGUCGGAAAACGUUCACUGCUUUAUUAGAAGAAGAGGUAAAAAAAAAAUUUCUUCUUGCAACUAUUUUUUCUUCUCUCUUUUUCUUUUUUCUUCUCUCUUUUUCUUUUUUCUUCUCUCUUUUUCUUUUUUCUUCUCUCUUUUUCUUUUUUCUUCUCUCUUUUUCUUUUUUCUUCUCUCUUUUUCUUUUUUUCUCUCUUUUCUUUUUUCUCUCUUUUUCUUUUUCUUUCUCUUUUCUUUUUCUUCUCUUUUUUUCUUUUUUUUCUCUUUUCUUUUUUUUUCCUUUCUCUUUUUUUUUUCCCUCUUUCUCUUUUCUUUUUUUUCCCUCUUUUCUCUUUUUUUUUCUUUUUUCUUUUUCUUUUUCCCCUCUUUUCUCUUUUCUUUUUCCCUCUUUUUUUUUUCUUUUUCCCCUCUUUCUCUUUUCUUUUUUUUCCCCUCUUUUUCUCUUUUUUUUUUUUUUCCCCUCUUUUUCUCUUUUUUUUUCCCCUCUUUUUCUCUUUUUCUUUUUUUUCCCCUCUUUUUCUCUUUUUCUUUUUUUUCCCCUCUUUUUCUCUUUUUCUUUUUUCCCUCUUUUUUCUUUCUUUUUUCCCUCUUUUCUUUUCUUUUUUCCCUUUUUUCUUUUUUCCCUUUUUCUCUUUUUUUUUUCUUUUUUCUCUUUUCUUUUUUCCCUUUUUUUUUCUUUUUCUUUUUCCCCUUUUUUCUCUUUUCUUUUUUCCCCUUUUUCUCUUUUCCCCCUUUUCUCUUUUCUUUUCCCCCCUUUUCUCUUGUUCUUUUCCUCUCUUUUCUUUUUCCCCCUUUUUCUCUUUCUUUUCUUUUUCUCUUUUUCUUUUUUCCCCCUUUUUCUCUUUUUCUUUUUUCCCCCUUUUUCUCUUUUCUUUUUUCCCCUUUUUCUCUUUCUUUUUCCCCUUUUUCUCGUUUUUCUUUUUCUCUUUUCUUUUUCCUCCUUUUUUUCUCUUUUCCCCUUUUUCUCUUUUUUUUCCCUUUUCUCUUUUUCUUUUUCCUCCUUUUCUUUUUUUUUUUCCUCCUUUUCUCUUUUCUUUUUUCCUUUUCUUUUUCUUUUUCCCUUUUUUCUCUUUUUUUUUCCCCUUUUUCUUUUUCUUUUCCCCCCUUUUUCUUUUUCUUUUCCUCCUUUCUCUUUUCUUUUUCCCCUUUUUCUCUUUUUCUUUUCCCCCCUUUUCUCUUUUCUUUUUCCCCUUUUUCUCUUUUCUUUUCCCCCCUUUUUCUCUUUUCUUUUCCCCUUUUUUUUCUCUUUUUUUUUUUCUCUUUUUUCUUUUUUUCCCCUUUUUUCUCUUUUCUUUUUCCCCUUUUUUCUCUUUUUUUUCCCCCUUUUUUUCUCUUUUUCUUUUCCCCCCCCUUUUUUCUCGUUUUCUUUUUCUCUUUUUUUCCUCUCCCUUUCUCUUUUCUUUUUCUCCCUUUUUCUCUUUUCUUUUUUUCCUUUUCUCUUUUCUUUUUUUCCUCCUUUUCUUUUCUUUUUCCUCCUUUUCUCUUUUCUUUUUCCCCCCUUUUUUUUUUUCUUUUCCCCCUUUUUCUCUUUUUCUUUUUUCCCCCUUUUUCUCUUUUUCUUUUUUCCCCCUUUUUCUCUUUUUCUUUUUUCCCCUUUUCUCUUUUUCUUUUUUCCCCCUUUUUCUCUUUUUCUUUUUUCCUCCUUUUCUCUUUUUCUUUUUUCCUCUCCCUUUUCUUUUUCCUCUUUCUUUUUUUCUCUUUUUCUUUCUUUUUUCCUCUCCCUUUUCCUCUCCCUUUUUCUUUCUCUUUUUCUUUUUUCCUCUUUCCCCUUUCUCUCUUUUUCUUUUUUUUCUCUUUUUCUUUUUCCACCUUUUUCUCUUUUUUCCCCCCUUUUUAUCUUUUUUGCCCUUUCCUCUCUCCCUCUCUCUCUGUGCAAUCACUCUCCUACAUUCAAGGAACCACCAAACUAUUUCUCAGCAGCUGUUCCACCUUCAAAAUUUCCCGAGAAACAUUUCUGUGCAGUUUGUGGAUUUCCAUCUUGGUACACCUGUGUGUCGUGUGGGGCUCGAUAUUGCAGUACAAAGUGUUUAAGCACGCACAAGGAUACGAGGUGUCUCAAGUACACUGCAUGA